AUGGCGCUCCGUUCUGCUGAUCCCACCGUCAAGACACCGAUAUUUCCGGCGUGCCGGCACGGGUUUUUGCCCAAGUAUCGCGGCUGGAGUGGGCCAACGGACCCGACCCUGGCCGCGCCUGCCGGCGACCCCGCGCCCCUCCGCGCCGUUGAGGGCGGGCCGCCCGCUCGCAAGCGCACGGUCUCCGAGCGCGCCCGCCGCGUCGCCAACGGCCCUCCUGGGAUCUACCUAGCGCACGUCCGCGGAGUCGCGGACCACCUCGGCGUCAGCGUCGUCCUCCUCUUCCUCGGCGACUCGAUGCGCCGGCCGGCGGGUGCAACGCAACGAGACACCCGGACUGGGCGACCACGGCGCAUCACGUCGCGCGGCACCUGGCCCUGGCAUCGGCACCCCACCUCCCCGCGCGAGGGACGACUUGGGCGCGAGCGCACCGACGCAGGCCGGCCGCUCGUGGAGACGACCGGCACGGGGACGGGGGCUCCCCCGUCCGCGGUGAACUUGAUAUGGGCGUUCGUCAUCGCGGUCGCACUGGCGGGGUUCGAGCCGGGGUUUCUCGCGGCGAACGAGGAGGCCGGGUUGGUCGCGACAGUUAUGCCCCUUCGCUGCCACCACACGUACGGGCACCGGUCCCGGUUCGAAUCUGCAUCUGCUAUGCGGGCCCCGGACCGCGACGUCAUCGACGGACCACUCGGCGUCGAGUCGGUCGAGGUCGGGUAG